AUGGGUGGGAGACAAGAAUCUUCAGUCGCGGAAUCCUCUUCAUUGUGGGGGUCGAUCCCCUCCUUCGCAGACAUGGGGGCCCACCCUGCUGUGAGCAGUGCUCUCGACAACGUCGCGCUCAGCAUUGGGGACGUCCUCGAUGCUGCAACGCAGGACCUGAGCGAGAUGGCCGGGGACCUGAAGUCCUUCGUGGCUUCGGCCGUGGGUUUGGAGGAGGAGCCUGACGAAGAGCAGAAGGCCGAGGCAGCGAGCAAGAAGGUCCUGGAGGCCGUCUCGCCGAGGUCGAGGCAGGAGGCAGCGGGCGCCAUCUCGGACUUCUGCCAGAAGUACCCAGCGGCCCGGGUGCGGCCCACGACGCAGGAGUUGGAGAAGCUGUGGGCAGCCAUCGGUGGCUUGAAGCCCGUGGCGCUGAACAGUGCCUUCUACGACGAGCUUAGCUUCUCCAACGGCGAUACGUCCUGGCAGCCGCGUCUCAGAGUGCUCUUUGCCUUGGAGUUCCUCUUUCGAAAGGAUGGCCCGGGCAAGGAGGUGGCGAUCAGCGUCUUCCACCAGGCACGGAGCCUCAUCCUCCACUUGACCGAGGUCCAGCAGUGUGCCGAGAAGGCCAAGGAGGUCAUCCGCCUCUUCAGCCGGAAGGAG